GGCCGAGACUUUUCCUGUCAAUCUGUCCAAUCAGAGUUUACUGACAAGGUGGAAGUUGGUUGCUACGUCCUCAUCCAAAGCUGUGUGUCAGUCAAAGUCGUGGCGUGGACAUUCAGCGAAGAAACCAACAACUUUAGCCAAGUUUCUUUUAGUGACGAAGAAGUUGGUGAAUUUUUUGCGAUAAGUUACAAACAUAAUGUCCCCCGGCGGUUGGAGAUGACCGGAGCGAUACGGUACGGAAAAAUAACAUUAUUGUAGCUUUGUGCUGGGACAUAUGGAUGUCAGACCCUGCUGUAUGUCUCAUUGACAACACUGACUACCGCUGCUGCUCCGUGUAAUAUUGUUAGCAUGCCACGCAGGCAGCUAACUUCUCCAAAGAAAAGAAAACUUUGCCUACAGCUCAGAAGUGCCCCACACAGUAUGAUACUUUGACAUUUUCUAUAUUUUCACGUGGAGUUCCUUUUUUAAAAACCUGAGAAUGAUGAAGGUUAGGAGAUACUUGAGGGGGAGUGGGAGGGUACUUGCAUUUGUGUUCAUUGCCUCUGUCAUUUGGCUGCUGUUUGACAUGGCUGCACUUCGUUUAUCAAUAAACGAUGUCAACAGUCAGCUGCUGAAGGAGCAAGUGAUAAGAGAGAGGGAGAUUUUCAAGCAGCAGUCCAGGGUGACACAGCUGAUGAAAAGGGGGUUUAAACACCCAGUUCAGAGGGUGGACUUGGCUGUAACACAUGCUGGGAAAGGACCACUCAGUUCAGACAACAAACUAGCCCAAGUGUACAGACAGGGAGGCAAGAAACAGGACCAAAUGUUGGGGGAUAAAAAGAUUAACUCUCUUCAUCACCAAGGAGAUAAUCUUCUCAAGACUGACCCCCCUAAAUAUGUUGUUUCUGAACAUAAAGAAGGAGCCGCCAUACAAGAAGUCACACCAAAGCAGGGCGUUCCUGCAAAGAAAAAAGCAGUAAAUUUGGAUCAGAAUUUGACAAAAUCAGAGACAAGUAGAGUAAUUGAUGGCUCUAAUAAAGUGAUGUUACCUGUGGUAGUGUCCAAUAUAACUCAAGUGCCACCUGGUGUUCAGAAAGACAAACACGCUCUGCUACCAACCUCAAAGAAGGGACCCAUUGAAACUGGAGAUGUGCAAAUCGCUCUGGACAAAACUGAUUCAAAGAGAAACAAAAAGGUCAUGACUGGAGCAAAAGUGAGCCAGCUAGAUAAUAACUCCACUGCUGUCAGAAAACCAGGUGUCCACAAAGUGCUUUCUCUGGAUAUGACCCAAGCUCCUAGAGAUGCCAACGCUGUGGGCCAGUUUGGUCAGGCAGCACUCGUUGCCAGUAACGAAGAUGCAGAGGUGAGGAAGAGAUGGGACGAAGGGCAUUUUAAUGUCUACCUGAGUGACCAGAUCCCAGUGGACCGUGCCAUCCCAGACACCAGGCCUGAGAUGUGUGCACAGAAUGUGGUCCAUGACGACUUGCCUUCCACCAGCGUGAUUUUCUGUUUCGUGGAUGAAGUGUGGUCCACCCUUCUCCGCUCUGUGCACAGUGUGCUCAACAGAUCUCCACCACACCUCCUCAAAGAGAUCAUUCUGGUGGAUGAUUUCAGCACCAAAGACAAUCUGAAGGAGCAGCUGGAUGCGUACAUGUCCCAGUUUCCCAAGGUGCGAAUCAUUCGUCUGAAGGAGCGGCAGGGCCUGAUCAGGGCCAGGCUGGCUGGAGCUGCUGUAGCCAAAGGAGAGGUUCUUACCUUCCUCGACUCCCACGUUGAAUGUAACGUGGGCUGGCUGGAGCCGCUGUUGGAGAGAAUCUACCUGGAUCGCAAGAAGGUGCCCUGUCCGGUUAUUGAAGUCGUGAGUGAUAAGGACAUGAGUUAUAUGCUGGUUGACAACUUCCAAAGAGGUAUUUUCAAAUGGCCUUUGGUGUUUGGCUGGAGCGCUUUACCAGACGAAUACAUUAAGAAGAAUAACAUGACCGUCUCAGAUCCCAUCAGAUGUCCAGUUAUGGCUGGAGGCCUUUUCUCCAUAGACAAAAAAUACUUCUAUGAGCUUGGUUCCUAUGAUCCUGGCCUGGAUGUGUGGGGGGGGGAGAACAUGGAGAUUUCAUUUAAGAUCUGGAUGUGCGGAGGGGAAAUCGAGAUUAUUCCCUGCUCUCGAGUGGGACACAUCUUCCGAGGACAGAAUCCUUACAAAUUCCCCAAGGACAGGCAGAAGACAGUGGAGCGUAACCUGGUGAGGGUGGCAGAGGUCUGGCUGGAUGAGUACAAGGACCUUUUCUACGGCCACGGCUACCACCACCUGCUGGAUAUAAACAUCGGCAACCUCACCGAGCAGAUUGAGUUGAGGAAGAGGCUCAAAUGCAAGAGCUUCAAGUGGUACCUGGAGAAUGUGUAUCCAGAUAUGGAUGCUCCCUUAGUCAAAGCUGAGGGCCUGGUCUUUAAUCGAGGCUUAAGAAAAUGCCUCUCUCUGCAGAAAGGCUUUCUGUUGUUUGAGAUAUGUGAUCUCAGCAAGCAGAGUCAGCACUUUAAUUACACCUGGAUGAGGCACGUUCGCCAGCAGGAUCUGUGUGUCGCUCCCCAAGGCAAGGGCAACGGCUUUGCUUUACAACUAUGUGACAACACCAAGCCUGAACUCCGCUGGUUCCACAAGUCCUCCAACUCCGCUCUGGCGGAGCACCUCAUAGCAGAGUUUGUUUCCCACCACAUGUGCCUGGAGGCAGGACCUCAGGGUGACACUCUUCGCCUCAACCCAUGUGAAUCCAGAAACACCUUCCAAAAGUGGCAGUUCACACACUACCACGCUCAGUGAUGAGACUGAAAAGAGUUUCAUGUGUCAAACAUGCAGUACAGAGAUCUUCAGUGGCCUCACUCUACAGUACGGCUUGUGGUCCAGCCUCAGCACACGACUGUCUAGAGGAGAUGGGAAGCUCUUUGGUGGCAGUAAUAUGUGUAGUAAAGCGGAGGGUGUGGGGAUGUGCAAUGUUUCUAAUAUCCUUUUAUUAUAUCAGCAUGGACUGACCUUGAGUUUAAACACUAGUGCCUGAGGAAAGAAACCACCUUCUCUCUUUUUACGAAGAUCUGGACUGGAGUUUGCUAAUUUUAGAAAAGAUCUUCUACACUGGCAUUUGGAAGAAAAGACUAAAGGGUUUCAAGUGAAUGUCUAUGGAAGAACACUCCAUCUGAUAUGUUCUUGAGCACAACAUAUGAUUUCACUGCCAAAGAUAAAAAGGUAAACAGUGCUUCAUAGAUAUGAGAAAGAAAAAGUGAUUUUCUUUUUGUGUUUGCUCUGCUGGGACUGAAUAAUGAGUUUGAUUGCAUGUAAUGUAGAAUUUAUUAAUUUGUAUAAAGUAUAUCACAAUUUUCGGUGAGACAUAAUCUUUUCUAGAUGUCCCAUACUUUAUGUAUGAUGAGGCACUUGGGUAAAACAGCUGCUUCUCUGGUUUUGAAUGCAGCAUUAUUUAGGUGUAGGUUUUGUUGUGAAAACUGUCCCUUUUGUAUGAAUUUCUUCUUGUCACUAGAGGGAAGUGUUGGUUCAAAACACUCAAUAAACCUGUGAUGUGAUUUCAUGAUUUUGCAGCCUGUUAUCUAACUCCAACCACUUAUUGAUGGAAAUGCAUUUUCUUAAGAAAGUAAAAAUAAAAUGAUGAAGAUAAAUAUUCAA